CAAAAAUCGUAAUAUUUUUCGCAGCUUUGAACUCCGUGCUGUGCACCGUACGGAGCUUCCACAUGUGCGACUUCAUGUACGAAAUCGAGCUGGAGAAGGAGAGGUGCGAGAACAAAGCCUCGGAGAACCUGACGUCAGGUUGCAAAGGGAUGUGGGAUAUGAUCGCCUGCUGGCCGUCGGCCAAAGUCGGCGAGUUGGUGGUUAUACCAUGUCCUAACUAUUUCAGACACUUCAGCGAUCACCACAAAGGUAACCUCUCAAAGACCUGCACGGCAGAUGGCUGGUCGGAGAUGAAUCCCUUAUCCAAUGCUGUUAAUUGUGGAUACAAUUCCAACAGCACAGUUGAGGAUGACAAAUUUUUCCGCUCGAUCAAGAUCGGCUAUACCAUCGGGCAUAGUGUCUCUCUCGUCUCUCUUGUCACUGCCAUAGCCAUCUUAUGCAUCUUCAGGAAGCUGCACUGUACGAGAAACUAUAUCCAUAUCCACCUGUUUGUGUCCUUCAUCCUGAAGGCCGUCGCGGUCUUCAUCAAAGAUCUGGUUCUGUACGACAUACAAGAGUUGGAUAACUGCUCUCCCACACUCUCAGUCGGCUGCAAAGCGGCGAUGGUCUUCUUCCAGUACGGGGUCAUGGCGAGCUUCUUCUGGCUAUUGGUGGAAGGCCUCUAUCUCCACGCCUUAUUGGCCGUCUCCUUCUUCUCCGAGAGGAAGUACUUCUGGUGGUACAUUCUGAUUGGCUGGGGUGGUCCAAUGGCUUUCAUCACAGCGUGGGGCAUUGCCAAAGCCUACUUCAAUGACGUGGGGUGCUGGGAUAUCAUAGAGACAUCUGACCUCUUCUGGUGGAUCAUCAAAACUCCAAUACUGGCUUCGAUCUUGAUGAAUUUCAUCCUGUUUAUCUGCAUCAUUCGGAUAUUGAGGCAGAAGAUUAACUGUCCUGACAUCGGGAGAAACGAAUCAAACCAAUAUUCGAGGCUGGCAAAAUCGACGCUGCUGCUGAUUCCUCUGUUCGGGAUCAACUUCAUUAUAUUCGCCUUUAUACCAGAACACAUCAAAACGGAGCUGAGGCUGGUGUUCGAUCUCAUCCUCGGGUCAUUUCAGGGCUUCGUGGUCGCUGUCCUGUACUGUUUCCUCAACGGAGAGGUGCAGGCGGAGAUCAAGCGCAAAUGGAGGAGGUGGCACCUGGAGAGGUUCCUGGGAUCCGACACCAAAUACCAGCACCCGUCCAUGAGCAGUAACGGCAACAACUUCAGCACCCAGAUCUCCAUGCUCACCCGCUGUAGCCCGAAGACCAGGAGGGCCUCCACCUGUCAGGACGAGUCCUCCAUCACUGCCUGAGACCCGACGGGUUCCAGACCGAAGAACCA